GUUUCGCCGCCCGGAAGGGGAACUUGGCGGUGGAGGUGACCGGGGACCGAGCAUUUCAGAUCUGCUUGAUAAACCUGGUGCACCACUAUGCUGGCCGCAAGGCUUGUGUGUCUCCGGACACUACCUUCCAGGGUUUUCCACCCAGCUUUCACCAAGGCCUCCCCUGUUGUGAAGAAUUCCAUCACAAAGAAUCAAUGGCUCUUAACACCCAGCAGGGAAUAUGCCACCAAAACAAGAAUUGGGAUCCGGCGUGGGAGAACUGGCCAAGAACUCAAAGAGGCAGCAUUGGAACCAUCGAUGGAAAAAAUAUUUAAAAUUGAUCAGAUGGGAAGAUGGUUUGUUGCUGGAGGGGCUGCUGUUGGUCUUGGAGCAUUGUGCUACUAUGGCUUGGGAAUGUCAAAUGAAAUUGGAGCUAUUGAAAAGGCUGUAAUUUGGCCUCAGUAUGUGAAGGAUAGAAUUCAUUCUACCUAUAUGUACUUGGCAGGAAGUAUUGGUUUAACAGCUUUGUCUGCCUUGGCAAUAACCAGAGCUCCUGUUCUCAUGAACUUCAUGAUGAGAGGCUCUUGGGUGACAAUUGGUGCAACCUUUGCAGCCAUGAUUGGAACUGGAAUACUAGUACAAUCAAUACCAUAUGACCGGAGCCCAGGCUCAAAGCAUCUUGCUUGGUUGCUACAUUCUGGUGUGAUGGGUGCAGUGGUGGCUCCUCUGACAAUAUUAGGCGGGCCUCUUCUCAUCAGGGCUGCAUGGUACACAGCUGGCAUUGUGGGAGGCCUCUCCACUGUGGCCAUGUGCGCACCCAGCGAGAAGUUUCUGAACAUGGGAGCACCACUGGGAGUGGGCCUGGGUCUCGUCUUUGUGUCCUCACUGGGAUCUAUGUUUCUUCCACCUACCACUGUGGCUGGUGCCACUCUGUACUCAGUGGCAAUGUAUGGAGGAUUAGUUCUCUUCAGCAUGUUCCUUCUGUAUGAUACCCAGAAAGUAAUCAAGCGUGCAGAGACAGUACCAGUGUAUGGAGUUAAAAAAUAUGAUCCCAUCAAUUCGAUGCUGGGAAUCUACAUGGAUACAUUAAAUAUAUUUAUGCGAGUUGCAACCAUGCUAGCAACUGGAAACAACAGAAAGAAAUGAAGUGAUUCAGCUUCUGGCUUCUGUACUACAUCAGAUGUCUUGCUUGUUUACUAGGACAGAUAUUCAUUAAGUAGUUCACACAAACAGCUUUUGUUGAAGUGUAGAAGAUAAGAACAUGUCAACAUGUUUAAAAAAUUCCAAUAAUGUAAUGUUUCAAGGUCUGCUUUUUCUUUUGGAGAAUAAAUUGAGUAGUUCUCUUCCAAGUAAGCACACAUAUUUCCAAUUCUCAUGUUUAAUGAGUGAUUUUAAAAUGUUUCUGAUGAAUGUGAAAACUAAGGUUUGUGUGAUGAGAAUUUAAGUAUUUCAUCUAUUUUUAAGUUAGUUUAAGUAAAAAUUAGCAAACUUGUGUUUGCCUGCAUUUUUUUCGGAAAGCAGAAUAUUGUAAGUAAUAUGAUCAUAAGUGGUGUAGAGGUUUGGUAAAGGGACCAGAGAGAAGUAAAGGGUCACCUGCAGUCUUUUUUUUUUAUUUAAUAAUACAUAGCACUUGUAUGAUUUGUGAUGAGGCAGCGGGUAUUUGAAAAUAAACAAGUAGUCACUGUUUUUACAUUCAUCUGCUGAACUUAGUAAAAGCAUUGAGCAUGAAAUAAAGACAGAGAUGAUGCAUUCUCUUGCUGUUGCUUCUCAGUGCUCUCUUUACAAUGUAGAUGUGGUCAUGUUUGACUUAUUAGGACAGUCCAGAAUGUUAAUUGUAUGGAGAAUCCCUGAUGGAGUUAUAUAUUUUAGGGUUUUACUUUUGAAUCUUCUGAAACUAAAGAUUCUUAGAACUGUUCCCAAGAUAAAAUAUUCAAAGCAUGAAACUUUGCAUUUUCAAGUAUGCAAUGUUUAUAAUUGUAGAGGUGUUAUGUUUGGUGUUAUUAUUGAAGUGUCUAAUUGAAUACAAGCUUAUUUUUCUCAUUUCUUCAAACUUUGAAGCCUUUAUAAAAAAAGCCCGUUUGUGACUUACACUUGAGAUUGUGAAAACAGUUUUUCUCCUAACACUGUUUCUUGUACCACUUCUCAGACUAAGCACUAAAAAACAAGGUAAAACUAGGUCUGUCUUUAUCAGAAGUAUAAUGGGGAAAAUGUUUCAUUAAUUUGUCCUACCGGGAUUUUCCUUCUACAUCGACUGUUUCUUAACUUUCUUGUGACAUUUGUAAGUUCUGUGAUACAGAGGAGUUAUUUUUGAAAAUCAUUAAUUGAAUGGAAAGAUUUCUAUAUGAUUAUUGAGAUAGUUGCUAUUUUUGACAUAUUUAUUACAGUAAUUCAGAAAUAAUUAUUUUAACCAUCUCAAAGUACAUAGGAUGCUUAUUUCUGAAAUAAUAAAGGUUCCAGCUAGAUGGU